CCGAGACACACAAGCGCGCGCGCACACACACACACACAAACACACACACACACACACACACACACACACACACAAACACACACACACACACACACACACACACAAACACACACACACACAAACAUGUCGAUGACGUUUUUGUGCGUUUCCGCUGGCAAAGAGAAGAGGUCGAAAGACAAAGCUUGUGCAUCAUGUCGAUGUCGGUAGCACAGGUGGCGAAGGCUCUCACAGAGGUGAUGAAGUAUGCAGAGGAGGGCUUCCACUACAACGGCCGUGGCGAGUUGUCUUUGUUGGAGGAGAGGGUGCCGGGGUACUUUGCUGUUAGCGUGGAUAUGAGAUCCACGAUCAUGGCCAACGGCAGUGGUUGUGUGCAGGCACGAACACUCUUGGAACGAUUGAGAGAGUCACCUGAUGUUCGUGUGGACAGCGACGCGGAAGACAACCCAUACAGUCUAAAAGGAGUUGUGCAGUGGAUGUGCAGCGAAGGCAUGUGCGACGAAGGACUUGUCGACAUGACAAUGCAGCAGAAAGGGGGGACCUGUACACCUGUGGCUUUCAGGAAGUUUAUGGUGAGUGUGGCGAAGGGAUGGGACAUGCUUGUUGAAGGGGCGAACGACGAGUUGAAGAGGGGUGCUGCAGAAAUACUAGUGCUGUCCAGAAUCAAGGACAUGACACAAACACCGCCCCAAGACUUUCAAGAGUUUCCCGUGAUUGUUGCAGACGGUGUGGAAUACGUUCUGCUUGAUCAACUAUGUGACCUCAUGAACAAGACAAAGGAUGACAGGAACGUCAUUCAUGAGGCCUUGCACGAAGUCACAGAGUACGCCGUGCAGGGUCGAGAUCUCAUUGAUUUUUUGCUUGCGUCAGCAGGAGAGGAGAUCAUUAGUGGCAGGCCAUUGUGGGGACAUCGCAGGUUGCAAGACCAAGUUGCUCCAGAGCACAACCCAACAAGGGGUUGGAGGCUGAUUGUCAGCGAAACAAGGUUACCGGUCAUUGAAGAAACCGGGGAGACAUCAACAGCACAAGAUACGAGUGGGACGAUGGUGGUCGACGUGUCUACCAUGCACAUAUCAACGACAGAGGACUUGGUGUAUAUGGAUAUGUGUGAGGGUUUCUUCUUAGGGGAACAACAGUUGGCAGAGCGCAGAGACGAUGCAGAGCACAGAGAUGAUGCAGAAGAGGAGGAGGAGGAAGAGUACGAGGGGUCUGACGUAGAGGUGAGCGGCAGCGACGUCAGCAGCGACGAAGAGGACGACGACAAUGAUGUGUACUAUGAUCUCAAGACGGCUUGUGGACAAGUAACCAAAGGUGGGGCACAAGCAAUCCUCAGGUUGGCACGAGUAUUUCCCGAUCCGCACAACGUGCUGCGUGUGGUGUUCAAGGGGGCGACACCUGAUGGCGCAAUGCAGUAUGCUGCAGUGACCAGCAUAAUGCAAUUCUGCAACAAGGGAAAAAAAUGGUCACGUGUCGGCAAGGGAUGGUUUGUUCUGGUGAACAGAGAGGCUGUGCUAGCAACAUCGCUGACAUGGGGACUGAACCUGAGCUGUGGCCACAGCUUGGGGAGAGACUUUGCACCUCGGCUUGUCAACAGGGGACGCAAUACCGCGGGAAAGAAGGACAAGUGCCGGAAGAAAUCGAGGGCCGAAAAGAAGCAGUCGAAAGAGCAUCGCAGAAGCGGCGCCGGCCCCUCUGCGAAAACGGAGCACAAGCGCAGCCGCAAAUCCGGAUCGAAAGUUACAGUCCCUUCGAGUGCACGGGAGAUUUCAACGCUGAAAGAACGUAACGAGUCGCCCCCCUCGACCCCCGUCCGGGGAAAGCGCGGAAGCGGCGCCGAGAACCGUCCACCAAGGGCCCCGGAAAAAAGAUCGCGGGAUGAUAGAAGCGCGACUAUGCACCGUAGAACAAAGAAGAGAAUAUCCUACAAAGACGACAGAACAGUGGAGACAAUCGAUAUUAGAGGGACUGACGACAGGCACAGCGGACCCCAAGUGGAAGAAGAGGAGGAACACGACCGUUCCGCGCCAGAGAAGUCAGAUGGUGCGGAGGACGAGGAGCCAGGAAACGAGGGAGACGACAACGAUUCUUCCCGCAGACAAUCGCAAGACACCGAUGAGGACGACGACAGCAACGGCAAGUCGGCCAACGAGAGAACCAGCGAAGACCAGAGCGCCGCUUCGGAAAGAGGUGGUUCGCCAUUUCCUUCGAGGACGCUGCGCAGAGAAGGAGAACAGCAGGCACGCAAUGGCAACGACACCGAGGAGCGUGUCGGUGACAAACAAAUCGUACAGCACGUCAGCGCCACCGGAAAAGAGGACGUGUUUUUCGCGGCGGUGCAAGCGAUGGCGAAACUGGCAGGGGAGACAGCAGAGGAASGGKUGCGGKCUCACAUAGCAGAGUGCGGGAUUCGAGCUGUCAUGGGGGAAUGCAACAGAAUGAUGACGACGAUCCGCGGAGAGAUUACAUGGCAACUGAAACAUUUGUUUUGGGCUGAAAAAGGGAUUCCGCUCGUCGGAUCGCAGCAAACGGACCACCACCUCCCCGCUCGCAACAAGAUGCGCACCGAGAUGAAGGAGAACAAGACGUGGAGACGGAGUGGCGACGAUCCGUGGGGCGCCCCCGCCUUCAAGACGACACUCUUAAAAGUUUUUCAGAUGAGGAAGGAAGGUCGGAACCUGGGCGUCACCCUGCAACAAUUGGCUUUUGCGGAGAUGGUAAUUCAAUGUGAGAUAGAACAGACAACGAAGACGACACGAGCUGCGGAGCAGAUAGAAAAAUUGGUAUCUAUAAAGCAAGCAAUCGUCUCAUCUCUCCGUAGCCGAGACACGGUAAUGAGUUUUUCCGUCUUCAAACUGGACCGUUCCGUAUCCGUGGCUGAGAAGGCAGCAGCGCUCUUUCGCUCUGGCACGCCGUCUGUCCACAGGCCUGGGCCUCCACGCACCACAAUAACAGAUGACGAUUACGACAUCGAGUUCAUUCUCCCUCAGAGUACAGCAGCCGGAGACGGGGACAGGCGCACCGACAGUCUGUGCGCCGCACCCUGAACAACGAGGGACAGUUUGGCGACAUUUCGACAUGGAAGGGAGGAUGCGGGGCAAUGACCAAACGGUGGA